AUGGCGGACGUGGUGAACGUCGGGGUGAAUCUGGACGCUUUCUCUCACGCCAUUAAUGGCAUCCAGGCGCUCCGCUCCAGCGUGAGCCGCGUAUUCGAGUCCCUGAAGGACGGCAUGAAGAACCGGGAAACCCUAGAAGGCCGAGAGAAGCAGUUUAUAGCCGAGUUCCAGGACAAUCUGCAGGCAGUCAACAGAGACCUCAAUGAGUUGGAGCGUCUCAGUGGUCUGGUGGGUCGGCCCUCAGAGUCUCACCCUCUCCAUAACAGCGGCCUUCUCAGUCUGGAUCCAGUUCAGGACAAGACCCCGUUAUACUCGCAGCUGCUUCAGGCCUACAAGUGGUCCAACAAGUUGCAGUACCACGCCGGUUUGGCUUCAAGUUUGUUGAAUCAGCAGUCUCUCAAACGAUCAGCCAAUCAGAUGGGAGCUUCAGCCAAGAGACGACCCAAAGUCCAACCCAGUACUCUGGUACUACCUCCUCAGUACGUGGACGAUGUCAUCUCUCGGAUCGGCAGGAUGUUUCCUGAUAUGACCAUCGAGCUGUUCCGACCCAACGGGACGUCGGCGGUGCUGCUGGUGACCCUGGGGAAAGUGCUGAAGGCCAUCGUCGUGAUGCGUUCACUGUUCAUCGACAGAACCGUCGUCCGAGGAUUCAACGAGAACGUUUACAGCGAGGACGGAAAGCUGGACAUCUGGACCAAGUCUCAGUACCAGGUUUUCCAGAAGGUAACAGACCACGCCACCACCGCCCUGCUGCACUACCAGCUGCCCCAGAUGCCCGACGUGGUGGUCCGAUCCUUCAUGACCUGGUUGCGGAGCUACAUCAAACUCUUCCAGUCUUCCUGUCAGCGCUGUGGACAUUACCUGCAGGAUGGACUUCCCCCAACGUGGAGGGACUUUAGGACCCUGGAGGCGUUUCACGACACCUGUCGUAUGUGAAUCUUUCCUGGUUUCGGGUUCUGGACUUGAUGUGUUCUGGUUUUCUGUUUGUAAAUAGAAGUUUGAAUAAAACACACUUUGUUGUA